ACAGAGUCUCUCCAUAUAUAUCUGUAUGUAAUAAGCUUUCACCGAGAAUUAGAAGAUCAGGGUAGAGAGAGAGAGAGAGAGAGAGAAUGGGAAGAGCUCCAUGUUGCUCAAAGGUGGGUUUGCACAGAGGCCCGUGGUCUGCUAAGGAAGACAGGUUGCUCAUUCAAUAUAUUCAAGCUCAUGGAGAAGGCCAUUGGAAAUCCAUGCCUAAAAGAGCAGGAUUGCUUAGAUGUGGGAAGAGUUGCAGGCUAAGAUGGAUGAACUAUCUCCGGCCCGACAUCAAGCGCGGGAACGUAACCCCAGACGAGGACGACCUCAUCGUCCGCCUCCACGCCCUGCUAGGCAACCGUUGGUCCCUCAUAGCUGGGAGAUUGCCGGGCCGGACCGACAACGAGAUAAAGAACUACUGGAAUUCCCAUCUCAGCAAAAGAGUGCGGGAUCAUAGUCACCAAAGGAACUCUAAUAAUAGAGGCAUUAAGGGGCCCAAAAAGAGGAAGAUCGUCACCGCCAAGGUCAGGUCGUUCACCAUGAAGCAGAAGCGAGAGAUGAACAAUGGAACUGGCGAGACGAAAAUGACAAAGAUCAAAGUGCAUCAGCCAAAGCCUACAAGGGUUUCAGCUGUUGCGAGGAACAACAGUUGUAAUAGUCUUCUGAGGGGGUCAUGUGUCAACAACAGUAAAAAUAACAUUCUUGAAGAAGGCGAAACAGCUCCAAGCGAACUGCUUCCGCAACAACUCCCUCCAUUGGUUUUACAAGAAGAUCGUAUCAAUGUCGGCGAAAAGUUCUACUGUUAUGAUCAUCAUCAAGAAACGACAAGUUCAUGCGACAUCUUGAUACCCACCAAGGAAGAGAACGACAGCAUGUUGCAGGAGAUGUUCGAGGAAUACCAGGAGCUCCUGAAAGCCGAGGAUCGCGUGCAGAUGGAGACUUUUGUCAAUUCCUUGUUGAUUUGACUGGUAAAAAACUGUCGUUAUUGUUGUGAUUAACUGAAAAGACAGUGCGAAGCAGUUGGCUUCUGCA